GGCGGCGAGCGGCGAGCGAGGGCGGGAGUCGCGGAGCGGCUGGCACGGAGGGCAGGAGCGAGCGGCCCCGCAGCCCCGCGCCGGGCCAUGCUGCUCACCGUGUACUGUGUGCGGAGGGACCUCUCCGAGGUGACCUUUUCCCUCCAGGUCGACGCCGACUUCGAGCUGCACAACUUCCGCGCGCUGUGCGAGCUCGAGUCGGGCAUCCCCGCCGCCGAGAGCCAGAUUGUCUAUGCUGAAAGACCCCUCACAGACAACCACAGGUCACUGGCUUCUUAUGGCUUGAAAGACGGGGAUGUUGUGAUCCUGCGACAGAAGGAGAGCGCAGAGCCUCGUCCUCCAGUUCAUUUCCCAAGCUUACCGCGCAUAGACUUCCGCAGCAUCGCCGUGCCUGGCACCUCCGGCCCCCGCCAGCCCCCGCCAGCAGGAGCGCAGCAGCCCCGCUCGGCUCCCGGGGAGCUGGGCUCGUCUCCUCAGGGCUUGGACAACCCGGCGCUGCUGCGAGACAUGCUGCUGGCCAACCCCCAUGAGCUGUCCUUGCUGAAGGAACGCAAUCCGCCCUUGGCGGAUGCUCUGCUCAGCGGAGACCUCGAGAAGUUUUCGAGGGUCCUGGUGGAACAGCAGCAGGACCGUGCCCGGAGAGAGCAAGAACGGAUCCGUCUCUUUUCUGCUGACCCUUUUGAUCUCGAAGCUCAGGCAAAGAUAGAAGAAGACAUAAGGCAGCAGAACAUUGAGGAGAACAUGACAAUCGCGAUGGAAGAAGCUCCGGAAAGCUUUGGCCAAGUGGUGAUGCUGUACAUCAACUGCAAAGUGAACGGACAUCCUGUGAAAGCCUUUGUUGACUCAGGCGCCCAGAUGACUAUCAUGAGCCAGGCUUGUGCAGAAAGGUGUAACAUCAUGAGACUGGUGGAUCGUCGCUGGGCAGGAAUCGCCAAAGGAGUAGGCACUCAGAAGAUCAUUGGGAGGGUCCAUCUAGCUCAGGUCCAGAUCGAAGGAGACUUCCUGCCGUGCUCCUUCUCCAUCCUUGAAGAGCAGCCCAUGGACAUGCUUCUGGGCCUGGACAUGCUGAAGCGGCAUCAGUGUUCCAUUGACCUCAAGAAGAACGUGCUCGUGAUCGGCACCACGGGCUCACAGACCGCCUUUCUUCCCGAGGGAGAGCUUCCAGAGUGCGCCCGGCUAGCGUAUGGGGCUGGGCGAGAGGAGACCGCAGACCGAGAAUUAGCAGAAGCCCUUCAGAAAUCUGUGGAGGACGCAGAGAAAAGCGGUAAAGAAACUACCUCACCGGGAACGUCAUCACCAACAUCAGAUGGAUCUAGUCACCCGACCCAUCCUUCAGGCCAGAGUCCCGACUCAGGCGACCCGGGCAGCGUCGGGCCAGAGGCCUCCUGUGAGCCGGCGCGACUUCCUGUGCGGGACUCUGCUCCGCCUGUGCGGGACUCGCCCGGAGAAGCCGCGGCCACCGACCCUCAGGAGCCGCCUCCUGCUGGAAGAAGCGCGCACAGCCCCCGAUCUCCGCACACGAGGCGGGAAUCCAGUCUGCUCGGCACAGCUACCCGGAUGCAGGAACCGUGGGACUCCCCGGGUGGGGGGUUUCGGUGUCCGGAACGCCAGGGCCUGAGCGAAGGGGGCGGCCGCCUUCCGCACAGAGGAGCCGGGAGUGAGCAGCGGGAGACGGCGCCCGGCCAGGGGCAUCUCCACAGCACCGAGGACCUGGACGCGCAGCUGCGGGGACGUGGCGACAUGGGGGCUGCGGCCACCGCCUGCUCGUGCUCGGACUCGGAAACUCUGAUGGAGGUCGCCGAGCCCGACCCGGCGGGCAGAGAGGAGGCCCAGGAGGCCGGUGGGAAGAGUGUGGACGGCCCUGCGCUCGGCCCGGACGAUCUCCCGAUGGAGGUGGAGGUGGAAGCGUCCGAGGGUGGCCGAUCCGUCCCCGAAAGUCGUGUCGCCGUGUCCGAAAGUCGCGUCGCCGUAUCCGGCACGAGCGACGGCUGUCAGCCCUCCACGGAAUCCGCCGAGGAGUCUUGCUCCUCUCUGACGGCCGCCUUGAAGGAACUGCACGGGCUCUUGGUCAUCAGCAGUAAGACGACGGCCUCGGGGAGCAACACGUCCGAAGAGAUCACCCGCCGACCUGAAGCAGGGGCCGAGGACCGAUCCUCCGGCGGGGACCGCUCCCAGAGACGGGCCCAGAGCGAACAGCGUGCGCGGAGCUCCAUCGCCACCGCGGCCGCGGCUGGAACACAAGCCGCACAGAGCAUGGACCUCGGGGCUUCGGGCGGCGGACUGUCGAUCGCCAAGGCGGGUGUGUCUGAGUCCGGGGAACCAGUAACCGAGGGCGGUUCCGUCGCCCCAGCCUCGCCUCAGAUGUCCCGGCAGCCACAGUCCACCCUCGGCGCGGAGAUGCCGCCUGCGCCCGCAGCAGAGGAGGCAGAGGAGGAGGAGGGUGCACUCGGUCACACCUGUGAGCCAGCCGGCUGGGCCUCGUCCGGUUCCGGGCUGGCUAGAGAUCCGGGUCAGGGCACGCAGGCUGCAGGGCCUCGCCUCGAACUCCCCACGCCGGUGUUUCCUGCCGCUGACAUCGAGCGCAUCCUCCGCGCCGGCUUCACCCUGCAGGAAGCUCUCGGGGCUCUGCAUCGAGUCGGGGGCAACGCCGACCUUGCACUUCUUGUUUUGCUGGCGAAGAACAUUGUAGUCCCUACAUAGCCACGGGGGGAAAUGGGCUAGACGGUUAUUCCAUUCCCGUUAGGAUGAAACUGUACACACACACACACACACACACACACUCGCUCACUCACUCAGCACAUACACGGUAUCUAGAGGAACCUGCGAGCAGAAUGUCGAGCCAGAUUUAUUCUCCCCCCACCCCCCAGAUUUUUUUUUCGGGCCAAAGUAAUUUAUGAUCUCUUAUCUCAUGAAUUUGCCUGUUUGUUAAAACUUGGGCCUUUUUAAAUGUCUUGGCUGUGUGUGCAUACAAAAGCUUUUUAUUCUCAUUAAGAUGAUGUAUUCUGUAAUAAAAUGAAUGGUUUUAUGUAAAGCAUA